GCGCGGCGGCGUGACGUCACGGCUCCCGUCCGCGCCCGCCGCACGCACGCGCACUGCGCCCAGCAUGAGGGUCGUGGCUCUGAUCAGUGGUGGGAAAGACAGCUGCUAUAAUAUGAUGCAGUGCAUUGCUGCUGGGCAUCAGAUUGUGGCUCUAGCAAAUCUGAGACCAGCUGAAAACCAAGUGGGGUCAGAUGAACUGGAUAGCUACAUGUAUCAGACAGUGGGUCAUCAUGCCAUUGAUUUGUAUGCAGAAGCAAUGGCUCUUCCCCUCUAUCGCCGUACCAUAAGAGGAAGGAGCGUGGAUACAGGACGAGUGUACACCAAAUGUGAAGGGGAUGAAGUUGAAGAUCUCUAUGAGCUUUUGAAACUUGUUAAGGAAAAAGAAGAAGUAGAAGGGAUAUCAGUAGGUGCUAUACUUUCUGAUUAUCAGCAUGUUCGAGUAGAAAACGUGUGUAAAAGGCUUGAUCUUCAGCCUUUAGCUUACCUUUGGCAGAGAAACCAAGAAGAUUUGCUCCGAGAGAUGAUAUCAUCUAACAUUCAAGCAAUCAUCAUCAAAGUAGCAGCUUUGGGUUUAGAUCCAAAUAAGCAUCUUGGAAAAACCCUGGAUCAAAUGGAGCCUUAUCUCUUAGAGCUUUCUAAGAAAUAUGGAGUCCAUGUUUGUGGAGAAGGUGGAGAGUAUGAAACAUUCACUUUGGAUUGUCCUCUAUUUAAGAAGAAAAUAAUUGUAGAUUCAUCAGAAGUAGUCAUGCAUUCAGCUGAUGCAUUUGCACCUGUGGCUUACCUACGCUUUUUAGAAUUGCAUUUGGAGGACAAGGUGUCCCCAGUGCCUGACAACUACAGAACAUCUAAUUACAUACAUAAUUCUUAAAAAGCGUUUUUGAACAUUGUUCACUAAUCUGCCAUUUUUAUAUUUAAAAAAUUAUAUAUCAUUUUCUUAAUUAUUAUGUCCAGCUUUUUCUCAUUACAUUUUUUGAUUCUUAGAUAUACAUAUAUAUAUAUAUAUUUCUUUAUCAGAAAAAGUUAAUAGAACUAUUGAUUAAUUGGAGAAAUGUGAAUACCUUGUUCAUUAAUACUGUCAAUUUACUCAGGAUUCACUCUUUCUCUGACUUUUGUUAAUACAUCCUAUGUAUGACCUCUGUGAUAUGUGCCUUUUUUUUCCUUGGCUUUAUCUGCAUCCCUAAUUUUUGUAACAUUUCUUUGCUUUAAUUACACUGGUUUUUUUUCAUCUUUUUCUCUUUCCUGCUCUCAUCUCUGCCAAUAACAUCAUGGUGCAGAGGCAUUUGACAAUGAGGAUGAAAAGGCACUCAUUAUAUUUAGCCAGUCAAGUGUAUUCUACUGGGUGUCACCAAAGUGCUGUAUCACUUUUGUUUUCAGGAUAUUCAUUCAAAACAAUAAAAUAGACGGUUAUUUA